AUGGGCUCCAUCCCAACAGAACCAGUCAGGGUGCUCGUGGCGGGCGGUUCAUACGGCGGGCUCUCGGCCGCGCUCAAUCUCCAAGACCUGUGCCGCGGUCUCCCUCCACGGUGCGGGCCGAAGCCGGCGGCGGGAGAGCAGCAGGUAGAGAGACCACAGUUUGAGGUGGAGAUCACGGUAGUGGACGAGAGAGACGGCUUCUACCACCUCAUCGGCUCGCCCCUGGCGCUGGCGUCCGAGGCAUAUGCCGAGAAGUGCUGGGUCAAGUACGACGACAUCCCCGCGCUACGGCGGGCCGAAAACAACAUCCGGGUGCUCCACGGGACCGUGCAGUCGGUUGACCCGCAGCGGAAGGUGGCGACAUACGCUGCGCACGGCGCGGCCACGCCGCCGUUGGAACUGCAGUACGACUACUUUGUUGCGGCGUCGGGCCUGCGGAGGGUGUGGCCCGUGGUGCCCCAGUCGCUGCGCAGGAAGCAGUAUCUGUUUGAGGCGGGCGACCAUAUCCGUGCUGCUACGGCGGCGAGGCACGGGGUUGUGAUUGUUGGCGGAGGCGCCGUGGGCAUUGAAAUGGCGGCCGAGCUCAAGCUGGUGCAGCCACACAUCAAAGUCACGCUAGUCCACUCGCGCGACAAGCUGCUCUCGUCCGAGCCGCUCCCGGAGGAGGUCAAGGACGUCAGCCUGGAACUGGUGCGCGAAGCCGGCGUCGACGUGCUCAUGUCGCACCGCCUCGACCGGACCGAGGAGACCGAGGACGAGCACGGCAACAAGUGUCUCCGGCUGCACUUCACCAACGGCCACACCAUGCUCGCCGACCAGGUGUCGCUCGCCGUGUCGAGGCCCACCCCUUCGACCAGCUUCUUGCCAAGCAGCGUGCUAGACGAGGAGGGCUACGUCAAGAUCCAGGCCAACCUGAACUUCCCCGCCACCACGCCCAACGCAGCAGACCACUUCGCCAUCGGCGACCUGGUCAAGUGGAGCGGCAUCAAGCGCUGCGGCGCGGCCAUGCACAUGGGCUACUAUGCGGCGAACAACAUCCACCAGCGCAUGCAGAACAAGACGGCCGACGACGGCAGCAGCAGCAGCAGCUUCCUGGAGCUCGCCGAGAUCCCGCCCAUGAUCGGGCUCGCCGUGGGGAAGAAGGCCGUGUCAUACUGGCCCGAGGGCGGCGUGACCGCCGGGGAGGAGGUGACGAAGCUGUUUUUCGGGGAUGAUCUUGGGUUUUCGAUUUGCUGGAACCAUUUGGGUCUUGGGGGGGACAAGGUCGUUUCUUCAUGA